GUGGCUCUAGACUGCAACAUUGGAUGACGUCGUGCUACCCGCAGACUCCAGAGAAUCGCCCCAACCUACUCUCUGCUCAUCGCCCCAACCUACUCUCUGCUCAUCGCCCCAACCUACUCUCUGCUUCUCCUUGAUGCAAUCCCGGCUGUGGGAAACAACACGGUAGACUUGCCAAGUAAUUGGAUUACAAGUUGAGAUGCUAUAGCAGUUGUAUUAUAUGGAAAGAAUACCCCAAGACAACCAUCCGCGUCUCGAUUUAGAGGAAUGAUUGACUAGCAGAAACUUCGUCAAGGCCCCAGUGAUUUGGUAGCAGGCAGACAUCUGCCCCCAAGCCGGCAUUAGUCGUGGACAACGUCCUGCGCGAUCAACUAGUGUCCGGCACAGAGCAGCUGUGAAUUACUCGCACUUGACUAAGUCUGGUGAAAGCCGACUACGGCGUGCUACGUCCACCUGUAGUGCACUUUCUGGCGUUGCUGUCACAUGUAGACCGACGCUAAACAACGUUUGGCAUAUACCUGGAUAUGGCACUGGACAUGGCUGGAAAGUUCUGGCGGCGUCUUUCAUCGCCAUGUUGAGGUAUGCGGACUAAGGCGACUACUGUGAGCAGCUGAUGUUGACGACGCCCGGAGCAGGCACUUUACCCCCACCUUUACACCCAGCACAUCACGCUACUUCAGGUGUUGUGCAGACAGGCAGAUGAUGUUGCUGCAGCUCCUACCCCUGUGCUCCCUGCUCUGUGCUCUGUCAAGCACCCGAGCCACGUGCAGGUUCCCCGAGUUCCUCCAGAGAGAAGAACCUUGGGCUGCAGACUAUGGAGAGGGAACAUUUGUUGCGUACGUCAAGGGAACGUACAUGCAAAUUAACCAGAUCAAAGGCGGAAGUGGUAGUGCAUAUGCUCGAAGAUGUAUACAAAAAACCUCGAAUGGCAAGUAUUUGGUGACUCACGAGGAGAAACAAAAAGAGCACCGUUUUGUUUGUAUGCAGUUUCUUCGAAGAAGUGCCAAUAUUGUUCAACUGAAAGUAUCUCGUAACUCGAAUCGGCGCUCCAUUGACUUGUGUCAGGAUCGUUUAAUGGCCCUGGAUCACUGGCCUAUCGUGCAGUUAAGCCAAACACCCGAUCAGCGCAUUACUUGUCCUUUUGUCGGCGGCUACAACGUACAGAUGCAAUUCCCUAACCACACUAUAGUCUGUGCCGAUCAUCUUCUUUUGUUAAGGAUUGAAAGUGAAUGUGAAAAGGGGGAAGGAAUAUUGUUCGAUUUCCGGGACGAACAAUGUAUCCCACCUUCUCUGCCUCGAGAUGUGAAACAAAGAGCAUACUGCAUUGCUCACUGGGAAGAAAAUGGCCAAACAUUUGUUAUUCUCCAACAUGCGACUGUUCACAAACAAAUGUGGUGUCUCCGUAUCAGUGAUGCCCUGGGGGAUAUGAAAGGAGCAUAUCUUAUGCUGGACCUUGUUUGUCAUCCUAACGAGUCGGAAGAGGAAACGUUGAACUAUUACUACAUCAGCAUUGAAAAACAAGUUCACUCAAGUAUCUGUGCUGAUGCCGUAGAUGGAUGUUCUUUGAUCAAGGAUUUUUGUGACACAGAUUUUCGGCAGCACUGCUCAAAAACAUGUCGUGAUUGUGAGUAUGAAAGUGAAAUUGGCUUGUGUACGUUUCCCGAACAUAUGAGAGGGAAAUGGAUCGACGCAAAAGGGAGCAGAGAAAAUGAAAUCAACAUCUACGAUUAUUCUAUGAAUAUAAACGACAUAGGAAGAUUUCAGUGUUUGGAGAUGCAGAGCGAUUAUUAUCGAGAUCGACGAGUCCUUCUUGAGUUGUUCGACAACGGGUGCUACCCGCGAUACGCCUGUGUAGAACUGGAGAAGAUAGCCCUUCCGGUCAUGAAGUACCGCUUAGGACGCAGACUCGACUGGCCUCUGAUACCAACGCAUGAUCAGAAGAAACUUAUCUGUGAUGAUGAACGAUUUAAGUCAAAGCCUAACAGUCUGUAUGACAACAGUUUGAAACCACCAAGGCUACUCAUACGCAAAGAAAAGAUCCAUUAUGUAAGCUGCGGGCUCCCACCGUCAUUGCAAUACGGGCUGUCUUUCAGAGAGGAGGGAGAAGACUGCGGUGGUUGUCUGUACUACAGCCCUGUUCACGAAGAUGACAGCAUCAAGGUGCAGCCUGUCAACUGUUCCUCCCCUAACCUCUCCAUCGAUUAUAGGUGUGUGGCAUCCUUCCAGUUCGGCAAUGAUACGCAUGCAGUUGUCGCCAAAAGUAGAGACACAUACCUGUGUUGGGUGUUCACAGACGACAGCAAAAUCAAGGUUCUUACAGCUGGCGAUUGUUUCUCCUAUGAAUUAAUGGAGACCGCCAAACUUCAAGGUUAUUUCACUAUCACUGAGGAAAAUCUGUGUCAGAAUAUCAUGCGAGUGUUAAAAACAACUACCACCACAACAGAGAAAACAACACAAAUAACAUCCACUUUAGGUAGAAUCGAGUAUACUGUGAUCGCCCCCGAGGAAGCAGAGAUUGAGGUGGAACAGGAACCCAUCAUUACUCCAAGCUCAUCAGUAGGUAAUGGUGCCAUCCUCAGCACAACACCAUUGUCAUACCAUAUGUUAUUCUUGCUCAUCCCCUGCCUUGUGUUUAUAUUGAGACACAGGCUGAGCUGAGUGUACCCAGUGGUGUGUGAUGACCUUCCGUCAUGCACUACCAAGUGCUGAGGUUCCAACUGACCAUACGACUAUUCAUUGAUUCAGUCUGCAUGUAAGGAAGAGCUAAACAUCACAUAAACGACUGAAUCUAUUAACUGAAUGCAUGUGAUAACAUUACUCUGAUUUGGAAGUCCUAACUACAAAGAACAUGACUCCUGACCGCGCUUGACCAGAACCCAAGAUAAACAACUACAGAGACAUGAUGCUGUCUGAACCGGUGAUGGUGUGAUGUAGCUCCAUAGGAGGUCGUUAUUACACAGAGUUGCUAUUGUAUAUGUUGAAGAAUUGGUGAGAUAAGACAGAUAUGUCACCGGCCAUGCAGAUUAGGCAGUGUGACUCAAGGACGGUCGGUCUGGUGCAUUGGUUAAGGCUGUAGACGUGCCGCAGAUGUUGCUGCAGGUGUUGCUGCAGGUGCCUGGACGGGACUUCAGUCUUACAGUUUCUUGAAGUAUGGGAGGUUCAAUGGUCUCCUAGUUACACCGAUGUAUAAGUCGAUUUAUUCAGGGGUCCUCUUUAAGAAAGUAUUUUUUUAGACCUUUUCUCUCUGGUUGGCUUCUGACUUCGUAAUACUUUGUAUACAUUUUGCAUGUUUGUCUACAUGUAAUACAUUCACUCUAAGCCGUGUACAUAUCGCUACUGAUUAUUCCUUCACAUCCAGAUGCACAUGUAUAGUUUAUAGGUGCAAUACUCCAUUUCAAGAAUUGUUAUGAUAUUGUCUUCUCUAAUGUUAAAUUGUUUUGAUCUUUUCAUGCCUCGUAAAUCGUGGUAUGGGAACGUUAAUAAAUAAACUUUUCCCCUACUUAAUCUCAUUAUAUGCAUGUUAACCAAACUCAUUGACAAUAUGUGUGAUAUUGACAAGCUAACAUGGCUCUGAGAUCGGCGGUUACACUCCCGUGUUGUUAUGUGUGUUUCGUUCUGUGUAUGUGUUUGUUUGUACGUAUGGUUGUGCGCUCGUGUGCGUGUGUGUGGGUGCGUGUGUAUUUGUGUGUGUGAUAUAGUAUGCAUUCGUGCAUGUGUUAGUAUGUGUGUUUGUGCUUGGUCCCAUGUUCAGGUAACACAAAACACGUGUGAUGAAGGAAGGAGAUGACAUGUCAAUAUUGGGUCUUUAUUAAAGAAAGUAUGUUAUGUAAUAACAACCGUAGUUGCAUAUUUUGCUUUGCGCUAUGCCAGCAUAAGGGUACUGAUGUGUACAGACAUCCAUGGGUUGAGAAGACGACGUUUCCUAAUGCUUUAACCGGCAACCUCUUCUGUUGUUGAAGUUCACCUUUAUUCCUCGAGAUUGGGCUAUCUAAUGACCAAAGUCUAGGCUAUAUCUAAGAUUGUCUUUGUAUUCAAUUCCUGAUCAAAUCAUUAGACGUUUACUGUACGAGGUAGUUUUAGGCGAUGAACACAACAGCUUUGCACACAUCGCCACGCUGAUAUAAUCCAGAACAGUACUAUCAGUUAGGUCUUUAAAAAUUAAACACAAACAUCCAUAUGUGCAAUGUACAGGUGUUUUCAAAAGUAAUUCAUUACAGUGUACAACACGCUUAGUUAUGCCUGAGAAGACUCUGAUAUUGAUUACAGUUCCUAUCAUGUUGAGUGUUACCUAUAACGCUGUGCAAUGCAUAAACACAUAUAUGCUUCAAUUCAAAACCAGAGUUUCAUUUUGUAUGUUGUGUCUUUUACAUAUAGUAUUAUGUGUUUCUCUAUCGUAGUCUGACUCUUCUUGAGCUGCGAUGUUUCCAUGUCUGAUGUAACACACCGUUCACUCUUUGUGCUAAGGUCAUUAUGUGUGUUGUCAUGGACAUUGAUGUGGUAGGAGUUCUUUACAUACUCUCCUACUUUCCUUAUCUCACCGCUUGCUAGCUGGCUCCAUCUCUGAGCCGUGCCAUGCCCUGUCACGGGUGGGCUAGUGUCGGCAGUCACGUGUGAGCUAGUGUCGGCAGUCACGUGUGAGCUAGUGUCGGCAGUCACGUGUGAGCUAGUGUCGGCAGUCACGUGUGAGCUAGUGUCGGCAGUCACGUGUGAGCUAGUGUAGGCAGUCACGUGUGGGUUAGUGUCGGCAGUCACGUGUGAAGUAGUGUCGGCAGUCACGUGUGAGCUAGUGUCGGCAGUCACGUGUGGGUUAGUGUCGGCAGUCACGUGUGAGCUAGUGUCGGCAGUCACGUGAGAGCUAGUGUCGGCAGUCACGUGUGGGCUAGUGUCGGCAGUCAAGUGUGGGCUAGUGUCGGCAGUCACGUGUGAGCUAGUGUCGGCAGUCACGUGUGGGCUAGUGUCGGCAGUCACGUGAGAGCUAGUGUCGGCAGUCACGUGUGGGCUAGUGUCGGCAGUCAAGUGUAGGCUAGUGUCGGCAGUCACGUGUGAGCUAGUGUCGGCAGUCACGUGUGGGCUAGUGUCGGCAGUCUCGUGUGGGUUAGUGUCGGCAGUCACGUGUGGGCUAGAUUAGGCAGUCACGUGUGGGCUUGUAUCGGCAGUCACGUGUGGCCUAGUGUCAGCAGUCCGAGCUGUAUAUAGCAGAUGUGGACAGAUACAGCUAAUGUUAUCACUAAUAUUGACAGUCGCAGCUAUUGUUACAGAUUAUGUUAACAUUCACGGGUAAUGCCUAUGUCGACAGUUACAAGUAACAGUAGUAGUUAAUGUUGGCCGUCAUAGCUAAUGGCAUGGCUAAAGUUGACUUAUCAGCUUGACUUACUGCUAAUGUAAGCCAUCACAGCUACUACUGCCUGUUGUAUCAUUGACGUCUUUUCCACUACAUCUGCUCACAGGGUGAGUGAGUGAGUAUGGUUUUACGCCGCUUUUAGCAAUAUUCCAGCAAUAUAACGGCGGGGAACACCAGAAAUGGGCUUCACACAUUGUACCCAUUUGGGGAUUCUAACCCGGGUCUUCGCCCCGACGAGCGAACGCUUUAACCACUUGGCUACCCCACCUCCCUUCGGCAAAGGGAAAUGAAGAUACUUAAAAAUAUGGCUCACCUUAUGUCGUCAUUGGGACAAACAUCUACUUUGAAAUCUGUCUAACCAGUCUAACUGCCAUCAUUUCUACUAUGUCAUGUGAUGGGUCCAUCUUGUCUACAAUAUGCAAAGAUACAGCCGGUGGCUGACACAGAUGGUGUUAUAGCUUAUAUUGGCUGAUACAGCCGAUGCUAUAGCUUAUAUUGGCUGAUACAGCCGAUGCUAUAGCUUAUAUUGGCUGAUACAGCCGAUGCUAUAGCUUAUAUUGGCUGAUACAGCCGAUGCUAUAGCUUAUAUUGGCUGAUACAGCCGGUGCUAUAGCUUUAUAUUGGCUGAUACAACAGUUGUUUUAGCUUAUAUUGGCUGAUACAGCCGGUGUUAUAGCUUAUACUGGCUGAUACAACAGGUGCUAUAGCUUAUACUGGCUGAUACAACAGUUGUUAUAGCUUAUACUGGCUGAUACAACAGGUGUUAUAGCUUAUACUGGCUGAUACAACAGGUGUUAUAGCUUUAUAUUGGCUGAUACGGUCGGUGCUAUAGCUUAUAUUGGCUGAUACAGCCGGUGCUAUAGCUUAUACUGGCUGAUACAACAGUUGUUAUAGCGUAUACUGGCUGAUACAACAGGUGUUAUAGCUUAUACUGGCUGAUACAACAGGUGCUAUAGCUUAUACUGGCUGAUACAGCCGGUGUUAUAGCUUAUACUGGCUGAUACAACAGGUGUUAUAGCUUAUACUGGCUGAUACAACAGGUGUUAUAGCUUAUACUGGCUGAUACAACAGGUGUUAUAGCUUAUAUUGGCUGAUACAGCCGGUGCUAUAGCUUUAUAUUGGCUGAUACAACCGGUGUUAUAGCUUAUGCUGGCUGAUAAAGUCCGUGCUAUAGCUUAUAUUGGCUGAUACAGCCGGUGUUAUUGCUUAUAUUGGCUGAUACAGCCGGUGCUAUAGCUUAUACUGGCUGAUACAGCCGGUGUUAUAGCUUAUACUGGCUGAUACAACAGGUGUUAUAGCUUAUAUUGGCUGAUACAGCCGGUGCUAUAGCUUAUACUGACUGAUACAGCCGGUGCUAUAGCUUUAUAUUGGCUGAUACAGCCGGUGUUAUAGCUUAUAUUGGCUGAUACAGCCGGUGUUAUAGCUUAUAUUGGCUGAUACAGCCGGUGUUAUAGCUUAUAUUGGCUGAUACAGCCGGUGUAAUAGCUUUAUAUUGGCUGAUACAACAGUUGUUAUAGCUUAUGCUGGCUGAUAAAGUCCGUGCUAUAGCUUAUAUUGGCUGAUACAGCCGGUGUUAUAGCUUAUAUUGGCUGAUACAGCCGGUGCUAUAGCUUAUAUUGGCUGAUACAGCCGGUGUUAUAGCUUAUAUUGGCUGAUACAGCCGGUGUUAUAGCUUUAUAUUGGCUGAUACAACAGUUGUUAUAGCUUAUGCUGGCUGAUAAAGUCCGUGCUAUAGCUUAUAUUGGCUGAUACAGCCGGUGUUAUUGCUUAUAUUGGCUGAUACAGCCGGUGUUAUAGCUUUAUAUUGGCUGAUACAACAGUUGUUAUAGCUUAUGCUGGCUGAUAAAGUCCGUGCUAUAGCUUAUAUUGGCUGAUACAGCCGGUGUUAUUGCUUAUAUUGGCUGAUACAGCCGGUGCUAUAGCUUUAUAUUGGCUGAUACAACAGUUGUUUUAGCUUAUAUUGGCUGAUACAGCCGGUGUUAUAGCUUAUAUUGGCUGAUACAGCCGGUGCUAUAGCUUAUACUGGCUGAUACGGUCGGUGCUAUAGCUUAUACUGAAUGAUACAGCCGGUGCUAUAGCUUAUAUUGGCUGAUACAGCCGGUGCUAUAGCUUAUAUUGGCUGAUACAGCCGGUGUUAUAGCUUUAUAUUGGCUGAUACAGCCGGUGUUAUAGCUUAUAUUGGCUGAUACGGUCGGUGUUAUAGCUUUAUAUUGGCUGAUACAGCCGGUGUUAUAGCUUAUAUUGGCUGAUAAAGUCCGUGCUAUAGCUUAUAUUGGCUGAUACAGCCGGUGUUAUAGCUUAUAUUGGCUGAUACAACCGGUGCUAUAGCUUUAUAUUGGCUGAUACAACCGGUGCUAUAGCUUAUAUUGGCUGAUACAACCGGUGUUAUAGCUUUAUAUUGGCUGAUACAACCGGUGUUAUAGCUUAUAUUGGCUGAUACAACCGGUGUUAUAGCUUUAUAUUGGCUGAUACAGCCGGUGUUAUAGCUUAUAUUGGCUGAUACAACCGGUGUUAAAGCUUUAUAUUGGCUGAUACAACCGGUGUUAUAGCUUAUAUUGGCUGAUACAGCCGGUGCUAUAGCUUUAUAUUGGCUGAUACAACCGGUGUUAUAGCUUAUAUUGGCUGAUACAGCCGGUGCUAUAGCUUUAUAUUGGCUGAUACAACCGGUGUAAUAGCUUUAUAUUGGCUGAUACAACCGGUGUUAUAGCUUAUAUUGGCUGAUACAGCUGGUGUUAUAGCUUAUAUUGGCUGAUACAGCCGGUGUUAUAGCUUUAUAUUGGCUGAUACAACAGUUGUUAUAGCUUAUGCUGGCUGAUACAGUCCGUGCUAUAGCUUAUACUGGCUGAUACAGCCGGUGUUAUAGCUUAUAUUGGCUCAUACAGAUUGUGUACAGCUCAUGUUGGCCAGAAGAGAUUGUGUUAAAUACACUGCUGUAUGUUACAGUUUUUGUUACAGCUGAUAUUCCAGAAUUGGCUGUUACAGCUUGUGUUAUAGCUAAUGUUAGCUGUCACAUCUUUUGAUGAAGCUCAUGUUGACUGUUACAGAGUGUAUUAUAGGUGAUGUUGGCUGACACAUGUUGUGUUAUGGCCAAUGUUGGUCGUCACAGUUUGUGUUAUGGCUAAUAUUGGCUGUUACAGUUUGUGUUAUAGCUAAUGUUGAUCGUCACAGUUUGAGUUAUGGCUAAUGUUGGUCGUCACAGUUUGUGUUAUGGCUAAUGUUGGCAGUCACAGUUUGUGAAGGCCAAUGUUGGUCAUCACAGUUUGUGUUAUGGCCAAUGUUGGCCGUCACAGGUUGUGUUAUGGCUAAUGUUGGUCGUCACAGUUUGUUUUAUGACCAAUGUUGGUUGUUACAGUUUGUGUUAUGGCCAAAUUGGUCGUCAGUUUGUGUUAUGGCUAAUAUUGGCUGUUACAGUUUGUGUUAUGGCUAAUGUCGGUCGUCACAGUUUGUGUUAUGGCCAAUGUUGGCCGUCACAGUUUGUGUUAUGGCCAAUGUUGGCCAUCAUAGUUUGUGUUAUGGCUAAUGUUGGUCGUCACAGUUUGUGUUAUGGCCAAUGUUGGCCGUCACAGUUUGUGUUAUGGCUAAUGUUGGUCUUUCACAGUUUGGCUGUUACAGUCCCUAUCAUCAAGUGUCAAGGUUCGUCUAAUCAAUCCCCUGCGAUAAGUGCGUUUGUAAUAUGUUCCAUCAUGUUACAUAAGACGGUUUCAUAAACGUAGAUGCAGCCUGUGUCAAACAAGUGAUGUUUGCUGGUCUCCCGUCGUGUACCCUCAAUACGGCCUCCGUGGGUUCUUAUCGACAACUUACCAUAAGUCAAGUCCCACGUGUAUUUAUUGUUGCAUGACCCGUACAUCAAUGGCCUCAACGCCCCCUGAUGAAUGUCCACCGGACCUCCAUAAUGCAGGACACCUUCCAUGUCCUUCUUUAGGCAAAGUUACCUCACUACAGUUUUGUUCUACAUCUUGUGUGUUCCCUGAAUGCGUCUCCUACAUCUGCCUACACUGUUCCCCAAAAGGGUGGUAGCGCCCCUUCCUCUUGAGUCGCGCCUGAUCACUGUGGCCAUGUCCCCGCCAUCUGCCCUGCAUGUUCUCUCGGUGUUGGCGACCAGGUAGAUCCUUGCUACUUCUUCAACAGCCGCGCGCUCCACAGACUACAUGCCCUUCUCUGACUCUCAUGCUCUCCUCAGUUUGUAGUCUGUAGGUCCGUUGUGCCUUUCAGCUGUAAUCUCGACUAUAUCAUUAAUCCAUUAUUCUCCUUGUGUUCAAUUGUAACAUUACACGCGAUAUUAGAGUUACGAAAUAGUUGCGGCCGCUUGGUAUGCGUUACAAGAAAUAGCCAUACCUGGGACCAUAUAACCAUAUGCAGAUUAUGCAUUUAUUAAUUUGAUUUACAACAUAUUUAAGAAGCAUACUAUUGUUUUACGUGCCACUGCACCAUAUUUCAUAUCUACAGCACUCGUUAUGUCUUGUUUGUUUCUAUAAAGGAGGCAUAUGUGAGUUGUGUCUAUUGAUAUGCUGUAUCUAUAAGACUUGUUUUUCAAUAAAUCUCUUUAAAACUGUU